UAAACAAGUUUCUCAACAAAACCUUAAUUUUCAGUUUCUUGUAGCUACCUUUAAACACAACAUGAUGACGUUUUAUUUACCGUGUUUAAAAGUCAUUUCACUGACCUCGUUUGAAAGCUAGCUAGCUUUUAUUUAAAUACGGAUUUCAACGUUGGAUUACUGUUUCUACCUCAGAAAGUUUGGACGUUGAGAUAAAACGUUACAUUGCAGGAUUCAGCGUGACUCUUAACAGUAUCUGUACUUUGAGCUCAAACGUUAUUAUUUGUUAAUGCUCUGGAAAAUGUGGAGCUGGAUCGCUAUGAAAGCUAGUUUUGAUCCCCAUCCCUUGCCGUGGACGUAGUGAGUAGUCAGCGUAGAUCAGAUGAUCCCAGGCUGCUGUUUUAGUUUUAGACAAGUGAAACAUUGUGAUCCUUUCUCAAUUAGGAAUACAAACUCCCACGAGCACUCCUAUUACACCUGACUCCACUGAUUUCAUCAAAUCAGAAAGUAGUUUGUGUUUUUUGUUUUCUUCAAACUGCAAAGUACAUUUUCAUGAAGUUGAUUAAAGACGUCCUCAUUUUUGAAAUGUAGAGGCCAGUCCAUAUAACCACCGCUCCCCCACGUUCAAUGUCCGUAGAUCUCGUUGUUCUUAUUCUUUUUUAUGUCCACAGCAGCGUGUGAUCCUCAGAGACGCCGGUCUGUGCAGGAUCUGCCCGGCAUCGGCACAGAGUCCAGCCAUGGGAGCAGAAACAGCAGCCGGUCCUCCAGUCCCAGCAUGAGGAUGAUGCCCAGCGACAAGACGGGCAGCAGGAGUUACUUCUCCCCCGAUGACCCCACAGACACCAACGGCUCAGACAACUCAAUUCCCAUGGCUUAUCUGACCCUGGACCACCAGCUGCAGCCUCUCGCUCCCUGUCCAAACUCCAAAGAGUCCAUGGCGGUGUUCGAGCAGCACUGUAAGAUGGCCCAAGAAUACCUGAAGGUGCAAACCGAGAUCGCCCUGCUCAUCCAGAGGAAGAAGGAGCUGAUUGCUGAGCUGGACCAGGACGAGAAGGACCAGCAGAACACGUCCCGUCUGGUUCAGGAGCACAAGAAGCUGCUGGAGGAGAACAAGAGUCUGUCCACGUACUACCAGAAGUGCAAAAAACAGCUGGAGCUGAUCCGGGUGCAGCAACAGAAGAGACAGGGGACGUCCUGAUGAGACGGAGACAUUAGAACUCUUACCAUCACCCCCCUCUGUCCUCCCCCCCCC